AAUGGUGGGGCUUGAGUUGAGGGAUUUAUGAUUCCAUUUUUUUCUAGCCACUUUCUUAUUCUGGCAGCUCCUCUGAAUGAGCAGAAAGGUGAUUGAAGUUGCAGGUAGUAGAAAUGGUGAUGAGUAGAAGAUGGAAAUAGCACAAAUGAUAAGAAUGAGCAAGGACUGCAGAGUUCUGGUUGCAACAGAACCAUGUGAGGGACAAAGAAAACUCCCUAAAGAUUGUAACCCUAGAUUAAAUGCUUUGUGGGUGCUUAUUCUCUUCUUUCAGUGCUCAUGUCAAAUUGAUAUCUUCUUAAUGCUACAAGGACUUAGAGCCCUACAUCUAUUCUAUUGAUCCCUAAUGAAUCUUAGAGAUUCAAACAGGCCUUCACAUGAUAAAGUUGAAAAAUUAUUUAAUUGAGGGCAUCUGAAAGUAGAAAAUAGAAAGUUUCAGAAUAGGUGGUAUCUGAAGAGAUGACCUAACCUAUAACACUUAAUUUUGUAAGAAAAAAAUUGAAACCAGAGGGGAAAAAUUGUUUGUCCAUCCUGAAUGCAUUGUUUCCACAGAUGGAAUACACAGAAAAAGUGACAGAAGAAAAUCUCACUGUCAUAGUGGAAUUUAUUCUUCUGGGAUUUUCUGACCUCCCACAUCUCCAAGGGUUUCUAUUUGGAAUUUUUUUAAUCAUCUAUAUGACUAUCCUCAUAGGAAAUGGUCUCAUCAUUGUCAUUACCAAAGUUGCUCCAACUCUCCAAACUCCCAUGUACUUUUUCUUGGGUAACUUUUCCUUCCUGGAAAUCUGUUAUACAUCAGUAACUCUCCCCAGAAUGCUAACACACCUUUGGACACAGAACAGAGCAAUUUCUUUGAUAGCCUGUGCCAUACAACUUUCAUUAUUUCUUAUUUUGGGAGUCACUGAGAGUUUCCUUCUGGCUGUGAUGGCCUAUGAUCGUUAUGUGGCCAUUUGUAAGCCUCUGUACUAUCCUCUUAUUAUGAACCACAAAGUCUGUGUCCAGUUGGUGAUUGUUUCCUGGAUGACUGGGAUUCCUAUUCAAUUAAUACAGACAUAUAAGGUAAUUUCUCUUCCUUUCUGUUUUAAUGAACUCAAUCAUGUUUUCUGUGAUGUUCCUCCACUGCUAAAGUUAGCUUGUGGAAAUACCUCCGUGCAAGAGUUCUCUGUCUAUGCUGUUGCUGUGCUAUUUGGGUUAGUUCCCUUUCUCAUAAUUGUCAGAUUCUAUUUCAAAAUUAUCACCACUAUUCUGAAGCUACCAUUGGUUACAGGAAGACAAAAGGCCUUUUCCACUUGUUCUUCUCAUCUGAUAGUUGUGAGUUUAUUCUAUGGAUCUGGUAUUAUUACAUAUUUCACACCCAAGUCAAGUCAAUCAGGGAUAGAAAAAGUUCUCUCUCUCUUCUACACCAUUGUGACCCCUAUGUUUAACCCCAUGAUAUACAGCCUAAAAAACAAAGAUGUUAUUGCUGCAUUAAAGAAAUUACUAAUCAAAAUAUUAGCCUAA